AACAAAAGAAAAAAAAGAGAGCGAGAGAGAUCCUCCCCUGCAACUUCUAUUCUGGAGAAUAGCUGCGGAAACACUCUUCCUAUCAGAGGGUUCACUUGCGGUAUCAUACGGUGCCAAUUAUUCUGCCGCCACCACCGGUACUCACCCAUCCCACCCCUGAAAAAAGUUAAGUACUCUCGAUAGCUCUCUCUUCUGCUCUUACUCUCCACAUUUCUUUCCUCCAUUUCCCUUAACCCACUUUUUCGGUUCGCCCCUUACAUUAGGGAUACGAACCUAUACGCCUUUCCCUUCGUCGCGCCAUCCCUUUCUCUACGCUCUUUCUCCGACCUUGAACCCCCUCACCGUUUGCCCCUACAGAGGGCUCCCUCCAUACCACAUAGUCCAUCGUUCACGAUGCGCUUCUCAACAUCUAUUCCAUUACUACUCGCCACUCUUGCGACCCCGCUAGUGGUCGGAGAGCCUAUCCGGACUGCUCAGACCGCGAGUACUACUACUUCGCCGGCCAAGAUUGAACCAGAAGUCAAGGCUCCUGAUAUCAUCGAGCUCACGACGGGAAACUUCUGGACGACUAUCGCGAAGGGUUAUUGGUGAGCUAUUUCUGUCUCGCUGCUUUUCCCCUCUUCUUUCCUGUUUAUUUGCACUUUUGAUCACUCUACAGCCAUUGGUCGUGCAUGUUACCCACACAUGAUGGAACUGGUUAUGAGCUAUUUUCGUCAUCUUGGCCUUUCGCUUUCUCUCGUGCUCCUUGGGUCUGCCAUAGUAACUUCGGUAGUGGUUUAUGGUGAGGCUGACUUUGGAUUUGUUAUCGUUUUCAAGGUUCGUGAAGGGAUACUCGCCGACGUGUCCGCACUGUAUCAAGGCCGCUCCUAUAUGGAAGCAGUUGCACGACAAGUACGCGACCCAGGUGGUAGAUUCGGGGACUCCCCCUUCGCCCAAUUCCGAUCCUGGGUCCCCGUCUUCUAGUCCAACCUUCACCGAGAAAUAUGACUUUCACUUUGCCAAUAUUAAUUGCGUUUCCUACGGUGAUAUCUGCGUCGAUAAGAAGGUUGGAAUUGAGAUGUUCCCUAGCUUUAUCCUCUUCAAGGAUGGGAAGGCAAUCGAGCAGUACCCAAUAGAAGCGGACCGCAGUGUGGAGGAGAUGUCAAAGUUCGUCGAUAAGUACAUUGUGGAGAUAUCCGCCAAGUCAAACCGCAAUCUCGCUCUCCCGAAAACCAUUUACGAUGAAUCAAAGAACCCUGAGGGUAAGAGUGUCGCAUUGACUGCGGAUGAUUUCUUGAAGGGGGUUAUCGGGACUGGUGAUGGAUGGUUCAUCAAGUUUUAUGCUCCUUGGUGUCAGCACUGCCAGGUGUUGGCUGCACAAUGGGCCGAGCUUGGUCGUGAGAUGAAGAACCAGCUUAACAUUGGGGAGAUAAAUUGUGAGAGCGAUAGACAUCUUUGCAAGGAGCUCAAGGUCCGCGGAUAUCCGACCAUCAUUUAUUUCCAGCACGGUGAAAGGAUCGAGUACAAUGGUCUUCGCGGCCUCGGAGAUCUUGUCUCGUUUGCCAAGAAAGCUGUCGAUUCCAGCAUUAAGGAAAUCGAGUUCACCGACUUUGAGGAGAUGGAGAAGGGUGGUAUGGAGGUCGCUUUCCUCUUCUUUUACGAUUCCGCCACUACCACUGAAGACUUCAAGGCAAUGGAGAGGCUUCCGUUGACCCUUAUUGGCCAUGCCCCUCUCUUGAAGACUAAGAGUGAGCUUCUCGCUCGACGUUUUAGAAUAACUACGUGGCCCAGGCUUAUAGUCGUUCGUGACGGCCGUCCGAGUUAUUUCCCGGGUAUCGCCCCAGGUUCGAUCCGUGAUUUUGGCCGCGUCACCGGAUGGGCACGGACUGUUUGGCUUCCUAUCCUUCCCGAGCUUUCCGCAUCCAACUCGCAUGAGAUUAUGAAUGGGAAGACUGUUGUUCUCGGUAUAUUAUCUAGGGAUAGGCCCAAGGACUUUGCCGCUGCGAAGAAGGAACUUAAGGCGGCUGCCCUAGAGUUUAUGGAUCAGCGCCAGCUUCAGGAGAAGAAUGAGAAGCAGGAAUUGAGAGACAAAAAACAACUUCGGAUUGAAGAGGCUGAAGACAGGAAUGACCAGAGAGCGCUCAGGGCUGCGAAGAACAUGAAGAUUAAUUUGGAGAAGAAGAAGGAAGUUGGCUUCGCCUGGGUCGAUGGCGUCUUCUGGGAGCGCUGGGUUAGGACUACGUAUGGUAUUAACGUUGGGGAGAUGGGCGAGAGGAUUAUUAUCAACGAGGAAGAUGUUGGUUCUCGCUACACUUCCUAAUUAAUUAAUUGAGCUAAUAUGUUGUAGACUAAACAAUAUUGGGAUACCACGCUCGAGGGCACUGCCAUUGUUCCCUCCCGCUCGACUAUCCUUGACACCCUCAAGGCUGUCAUUGCAGAGCAUCCCCGCAUCAGAAGUAAGAGCACUACAAACAGGUUCGAGACAGCGUACUACCAGAUCAGGGCUAGGGUUUCCAACCAUCCUUUGGUCUCGUGGUUCCUCCUUGCCUCCGCCGUUAUCGCGUUGGCUGUCUGGGGCCGUGGACGGAUGAAGAGGCGGGGCACUGGUGGGUUCUUUAAGCUUGAGUCUACCAAGGAGGAGGGCGUUGGUGGAAAGGUUGAUUAAUCGAGUAGUAUUGCACCUCGUCGGUGUGCCGGGGGGGAGAUAGGAUGGGGAUGAAGUGACUUCUAACUGUGCCUGGGUUUUUGUUUUCUUGUCUCUUAUUCACCUUUUUCAUGUAUCUUGCGAAUUCACCUUUGUUUCUAUUUCCACUGAUGGAUAUCUUGGAUCUUUUUCUUUUUCUUUCUUUCUUUUCUUUUUUGCCUUCUAUUUCGUUUCCUUAGACUUGGAUCGGAAAAUGAAGGGUUGCGCAUUAAUCACAGGUGGGGGAGCUGAAGUCAAGCUCUCGUGGGGGUGGUAUCGAAUGUUUCAUGGGCGGGGAUUCGGUUAUCGGACCUGGGGCGUUGGAACGGGAGAAGAAUAGGGGGGAGUGGGGGAAUAGCGGGGCAAUAUAAUUUUCUCUCUCCCAUCAACCUUUGGUCAGGGCAAUUGACGGCAUAGCGAGACGUACGGUCAUACGGAGCGGCAACACUGAAAGACCUCUUAGGGUGACGGUUCGUUAUACUCUCAAUAGCCCGCCGGAAGGCUGCCGGGAGGUACUUGGAGAAGGAAGCCUGAUAUCUGGAUUGCUUCAGGUGGCAUUUCGCAUCAUCGUACGUCUUUGUAGGGCCAGCAACUAUGAUGCGUGAAUCGAUGGAUCGAUUAAUCGAAUCAAUCAAUCAAAUUGGUCAGUCAACCAAAUCAAUGGCGAGAGGAAGCCCCUCGCAGUCGUCUGUUUAAUAUUUAAGCGUAAC